CCAAGCUAAACUUUAUUCUCUUAACAAGUAGGAAAAUAGAUUUUAGCUUGGCCUCCAAGGGGCAAUUUCACAAAUGACAAAUGGAAACGAAGAGUCAAAGUUGGUGGUUUAUCAUCAACUUUGUAAUCUUUCGUUGACAAGUGUGUAUCUUUUGUUGAGUGUUCUGUUAUAAAAAGCCGUGUUCAGGUUGUGAUCUUGGUAGAGAGAGUGAGCGAUCUUUGAGGAGCUCUCGAUGAUUCUGUAUUCUUGAGAUAGUAAAACUGGCGUUUUACCUCUCUUCUUAGUCCUUUGUCUUUCUCUGCUUCUUGUCCCAUUCUUGUUCUUGCAGAGUAACACGAUCAUCAUCUACCAAGUUUUUCGAUUGUGUCAGUUGUGUGUUUUGUUGGUUUUCUGUCACAUUGAUCAGUCUGAGGCUCAUUAUUUUGUGUAGUUUUUCAUUUUUGAUCUUUCUGCAUAAAGAAAGGGCCUAUGAUGAUUCAAAUUUGCCAACAUCGUUUGAGAAACCAAUGAUAACGUACUUUUUUACAAUAAUGUAUUUCUGAGGCCUAAUUUGUUUUUUUUUUUCUUAGAAAAUCAUAUUUGUAUUUGAAAAGACUUUGUGUUAUGAACUUUGCUUACAAUAUUUCCAUUUUUUCUUUCCGCUAAAACACCAUUUCAUUAAGUUAUCGGACGAAGAGAGCCAAUCCGAAACCGAUACUUAUAAUAUUUCCAUUGUACAUAAUCUAUUAAGACUGCUAAGUGGUAAGUAAAAAUUUUUUUUUUUUUUUUUUUUUUUUUUUGUAGUGGGAGAUUCAAACCGGAAUUCUCUAAUACGAAUCCGGUUAAGGCAAUUUAUUUUAUGAAAGUAAAAUUAAGUGUCGUCGUAAAGUGGACUGAACGCAGACAGAGAAGCGAAAACCUAGGCUUUUGUUUUGUCUUGGUUCUGGCUUGAGCAUGAAGCAUCUUCUCCGGCAACCAUUCAGUACUUUCUUCUGGAAACUUCCUUGCAGACGUUCCUUCGUUCAUUUCCCUAAAACCAUUCCUUCACCGGAGCUCAUUGAUGACACUCUCAAGCGUCGGAUCGAGCGAGUCCAAGAUUCGACGGUCUCCAUCACUCCGUUGCUCCGAGAAUGGUGCCAAAUCGGAAAUCAAACGGCUCUUUCAGAACUCAGAAGCAUCAUCACCUCUCUUCACAGAUCCAAUCGCUUCUUCCACGCUCUCCAGGUAUCGGAUUGGAUGAUUGAACAAAAAGCUUACAAGCUGAGUUCGAUGGAUUUUGAGCGACGGCUUUACUUGACUGCAAAAGUUUGUGGUGUGGAAGAAGCGGCUAAGUUCUUCGAGACUGUUCCUGUAGAAAAGAGGGAUCUUUAUUUGUACAAUGCUCUCUUGAGCUGCUGCAAAACACACAGCUCUGUGGCCAUAGCUGAGACUACUUUUGAGAAGAAGAGAGAGCUUGGUUUUGUUGAUAACAAUCCUCAACUCUAUAGCAUUAUGCUCUGUCUCUACCAUCAGGCUGAAGAUCACGACAUGGUGGUGAAGCUUCUUGGUGAGAUGGACGAGAAAAAGAUGCAACCCCAAGGACUGUCUUUUGACAAGCUUUUAACUUCUUACUCAAUGGCAUCUGAUUUAGAUGUACAAGGAAUGGAGAAGUUUUUGAGCAAGUGGGAGGUGAUGAUUCAGGAAAAAUGGACCACAUUCUACUUUCCAGGAUUGGUCUACCUACGAGCAGGGUUUAGGGAAAAGGGUUUAGCUUUGCUUCGUAGGUCAGAGCCAUCUGUUGGUGACCGCGCUAGAGAAAUCAUCUAUGGAUGUCUCAUGACUGCUUAUUGUAGCGAGAAUCUAACAGAGGAUGUGUACCGUCUCUGGAACUUGGCUAAGGACUAUGGGAUAUCCUUUGACAGUUCCAAAUGUUCUGAUAUCGUCAAGGCGUUUAUGAAGAAGGGUGAUCUCGAUGAGGUUAUGGAAGAGUGGGAUGAGUGUCCCAAUAUUGAUCUGAUGGAUUUUGGUCUCCAACAUAGAUGCAUGAAGGAGGAGGCUGAGAAGAUUGUGGAUAUGUUUGGGAAGAAGGAGAGCAAAUGGGAGAGUUUGGCACUCAAGGUUAAUAAUUUGGUGGAGGAUGAAGAUGAUAAAGAAGAGGAGAGGAGGAAAAGAGUGGCAGAGGCUAUGGAGGGGAGGCUGCAUGACCGCUGGAACCCAAAGAGCAGCAUGGCUCUGUCCGCUUAUGCAUGUGUGCAAUAUGUGGAGGGUCGGAGAGACAUGGAGAGUACAGCUGAUAUUCUGAGACUCCUGAACAAGCGAGAGCAAGUGUUGCAUGCAAUGGACAAAGACCGAUUGAGCCUGAAGAUGGUGGAGGCAAUGAGAGGAGGAGGAUACGUUGGUGGAGAUGAUUAACAUAUCGAUCACAAUAUUUGUAACUCUGUUUGUUAUCUAGUUUAGCAUUAAUCUAUUAGGCGUUUCUGAGCAAACACAUCAAUGAUAGCUACACAUUGGUUUCCUGGUUGGUGGAGAAGACUAACGUAUAAAAUCAAUUUGUAACUCUGAUUGCUAUAUAGUUAACAUUAAUCUA